UGAAAUAGCCAAUCGCGCUCCUCCUCCACACGAGCGAACGAAGAUGGCGCAGGGCGGCACGGUUCCCAGCGAUCUCUACCAGCAUGUGUACUCGUUUCUCGUGGGAAAUAAGUUCGCCAAAGCCGCGAAAGAGUUCUUAAAGCAGGCUAAAGUGAAACCUCAAGACCAAAAUGAGGACAGUCUCCUGGACAUCUUCAAUUUUUGGGUGAAGUCCCCAGAAACCAAAAAGCGCAAAGCGGUCACCAGUGGCCCUGCGGCGGUCAACGGCCCAUCGGCCAAGAAAGCAAAGAAAGAUGCGGUGAGGUCAAGUAGUGAGGACUCCAGCAGUGAAGAGGAAGCUGCAGCACCUGCCAAGAAAGUCGUACAAGCGAAAGCUCCUGCUCCUAAGAAGCCAGCAGCUGUAGCUGCUAAAAAGAGCAGCAGCUCUGAAGACUCCAGUGACUCGGAGGAUGAAGCUCAGGCUAAAACAGCAGCAAAGAAGCCUGCAGCUGUGAAACCUGCUGUUCAGCCUGCAGCAGCAGCCAGGAAGAAAGACACCAGUUCCAGCAGUGAGGAGUCAGACUCUGAGGAGGAGCCGGCCAAAACUCCAGCAACAGGAGCAAAGGCCAAGCCUGUGGCAGGGACCCCUAAACCGGCGUCCACUCCAGUGUCUGCAGCUCAGAAGAAGCAAGACAGUAGCAGCAGUGAGGACAGCUCAAGUGAAUCCGAGGACGAGGCUCCAGCUAAGACAGCAGUAAAAACACCAGUCCCGGUGAAGACCCCUACAGCUAAACCCGCGGCCCCUGCAGAAUCCAGCAGUGAGGUGUCAUCCUCAGAUGAGGAAGAUGCACCUCCUACUAAGAAACCCAAGAUUGGACAAUUCAACGCCGUCCCGCCCCCUGGAACACUGACCGCUCCAGCCAAAGCCCCUGGUGCCAAGGCUGCUCCUGCUAAAGCUGCUCCUCCAAAGACAACCCCUGCUAAGAAAGACGAUUCCUCAAGUUCAGACAGCUCUGAGGAUGAGGCACCUGCUAAACCAGCAGCAAAGUCCAAGCCUUUGAGCACUCCUAAACCUGCAGCCAAGCCCGCUGAAUCCAGCUCUGACUCUGACAGCUCUUCAGAUGAAGAACCUCAAAAGAAACCUGCCAGCAGACCGGUAUCCAAACCUGCUACCCCAGCAAAACCAACUCCUGCAGCCAAACCGACAGCUAAACCAGCGGCAAGCAGCUCAGACUCGGACAGCUCUUCAGAUGAUGAGGAACCGCAAAAGAAAGCCACCGCCACACCAGUAUCCAAACCUGCGGCUACCUCAGCCAAAUCUACCUCGGCAGCUAAACCUUCCGCUAAAGCGGCUGAAAGCAGCUCCGACUCGGACAGCUCAUCAGAUGAGGAGCCGCAAAAGAAAACCACCGCCACACCGGUAUCCAAACAUGGCACCCCAGCUAAACCUGCAGUUGCUGCUAAACCAGCCGAUAGCAGUUCUGACUCUGAAACCGACAGCUCUGACUCCGAAGACGAGACUCCAGCUGCAAAGAAAGCUAAACCAGCAGCGGCUGCUACUACUAAGAGCCCUGCCCCUGCCUCCAAACCACCUGCUCCAGCAGCUGAGUCCAGCAGCAGUGAUUCGGACAGCUCCAGUGAAGACGAGAAGAAGGUGAAGACUGUGACGCCCAAAGCAGCAGCAGCUAAGCCGGCCGUGACUCCAGUUAGUGCGAAGAAAGCCGAGAGCAGUAGCUCUGAAUCUGACAGCUCAGACUCUGAGACAGAGGCUAAGAAGACUCCCGCCAAGCCUGCAGUCACCAACGGAAAGGCUGCUACAAAAAAAACACCCACCUCUGCAGCAAAGACGCCGGCUAAAAAGACAGCAGAGUCUUCAUCCUCGAGUGACAGCGGUUCUGAUGAAGAAGAGUCGCCUAAAACACCAGCUGCGAAAACGCCACCUGCUACAAAAGCACAGGCUGCUAAGGCCAAAGCAGAGAGCAGCUCGUCUGAGGACUCUUCAUCGGAGGAAGAGGAAACGACAGCCAAGACUCCUGUCACAACAAACGGCACAAAGAGGAAAAAAAAGGGCAAAGAGGAAGAAACGACAACACCCAAGAAUACAAAAAUCACCACAUCCACACCUCAGACUUUUCCCAGAACCAAACAGAAGGAAAGCAAUGCUCCUUUCCGUAGAGUAAGAGACGAGGAAAUUGAGAUGGACCCCCGCCUGGCAGACAAUUCAUUCGACGCAAAGAUGGGAGCCAACGGUGACUGGGGCCAGAAGGCCAACAGCGUGCUUAAAUUUACUAAGGGCAAAUCUUUCCGGCAUGAGAAGACCAAGAAGAAGCGCGGCAGUUAUAGAGGCGGCGCAAUCUCCACCUCAGUGAACUCCAUUAAGUUUGACAGUGACUGAGAUCAAUCUCAAAUUAAGAACCUCUGAACUCUCCAUGUCUGUCUGUCCCAUUUGUCGCUACAUCAGCUCUAGCAAGCACUGUUUUGACCCGUCUAGCCUCUGUUCCUGCGCAUGUUCCUGACAUGGGCCGGCAUUGACUGAAGAAAGCACAAAUCGAGGUGUUGAGGCUGUCUUUUUUUUUUUUGUUUGUUUUUACUCAAUCUUUCAAGCAGUUAGACACUGUGACCACAUGGUGGCGCCAAUUCAUUGUGUUUAGGCCUUUUGAUUAGCUUAUAUGUAAAAUAUGGUUUUGGCUUCACUGUAAAAUGUUUCUUAAAGUUGGCAUGACAAAUUAUGGGCGUCUGUUCUAACAGGUAAUUGUUAAUAUACUAGAAAUGAUAGUGAUUUUCUUUUUUAUUAUUAUUAUUAUACGUCAAAGAAAUGUCAUUGUAAUGGUUGCGUUAACAUUUUAUGAGCCUAUCCAUGCAUCUUGAGCCUGGUGGUUUGUCUGAUUUGAAGAAGCGGUGUAGUUAAUGACUCCGCCCACUUCUGUUUGACAGACACUGGAAGACCACCCUUAAAAUAACACCUGAAUCAUCCUCAUUCGGUUUUAGUUUUAAUCUUUUAUGGCUUCAUAUGUUACGCAGGAUUUUGUAAUUUGGUGUCCUUUAUGAUCAGUCUUGUAACUGUAAUUAAAACUUGGACUGAAACUCAA